UAUUUACAUGAAACAUCCCCCUCAUUCAGUCAUUUUAAAUCACCUCUCCGCUCCAUAUGCGUUGCUCUGUUUCUGUGCGUUGAUUUCUAGAAGCAUUCCCCUCAUAGCCAUAUACCUGGGACGAGCUUCUUGCAGUUUUGAUCCAAACCAGCCCCGCAGCUACAGCCUAUCCCCCCUAAGGGUAUGAUAUUUUCACACUAAUAUUACCACAUUAAGUGCCGUGCACAUUCCUUCAUAGAUGAAGAAGACUUUGAGGAAGCGCUGAAGAGCAGGCGAGUCAGACAUGUCUUAGGUACGCUUCCAAAGUCCGGAGUAGGUAGUUCAUGCAGUGCGAUCCUGCCGCCAAUCUGCUUUCGGGCUGGCCUUUUUUUUUCCUCUCCACUUUUGACACCCCCCACUCUGACCACUCUAGUUUUGGAGAGGGGAGGAGGCUGUCUGCGCGCCGUGCCAUUUGCUCUCACAGUCUUGCGGAGACGGCGCAGCCGAGCGCUUUGCGGAGCGCAUUCCUCUCAGUCCUUGGGCUUCUGUGCUACUAAGUUGUUGAGCGCGCUGAGGGGACUUGUUACUUCUGACUGCUGAUCUUUCAUGGUCUUUGAAAGAAAAAAAAAGAAAAGAAACAAACAAAUUGAGAACUGAAACACCGAGGAGAAAACGCGGCCAUAAGAAUUAAACUCGGGAAAGAAGAAGGUGAAAUCUGCGGAGGUGAGCUGGACUCAAGUCGGGAUGUCGGAUCUGUCUGUGAACGACCAUCUGGAGGGAAUCCUGUCAGAUUUUGAAGCCCUGAAAAGAUCAUUUGACAUUGAAGAUGUGGAUGAAAUCCCCACCUUUUCUCCCACCUCACCCUUGAGCUCUCCUUUCAGUCCACCCAGUGGUGGUCUGAUUUUGACCAAAGGUAAUGAGGGUCGAGGUCCCCCAUCCCACAUACCCCCAACCUACCAGUCCAGGAUCACUAUCAAUUCCAGUCCCUCGCCCAGCCCAGUCAUGAAGAACAAGAUGGUGUCCAGCCUGUCCUUCAACCGGGGUUCUUUGGCCAAAACUAACGGGAACACAGGCACCAGCAUCACUCGAGUUUCUUCUUUCCAAACCAAGUUUAACCCCAAUGGAUUCUCGUCUUUGUCCGGCCCUGGCAGCGACAAUGACAGCCUCCACAGCUCCACCUCCAGCCUGGAGUACCAAGCUUCAUCUAAGAUGAGCUCCUACACCAGCCCACCACAAAGCCCUGUGGGGAUGAAUGACCUGAAAGGCCAGCGCCUGUGUAGCCCCGCCCUCAAAAAAUUCUCCUCUCAUGGCAAUAUGUUCCAUUCAGAUGUUGAACCCACGCUGGUUUUGGUCUCGGACCCCUCCGGCAUGAACCAUGUUUCCAUGCCCUCGCUAGAUCUGCACAUCAGUGAAAACCGGGCAACUGAAAAUAUGAGGUUGUCAAACUUAGGCCAGCAGACCGCCAGAGCAUCUUGGAUCACAAACUCCCAAAAGCAGAACUCGAGACCUGUCGGACGGGAAAACUCCUUCACCUCCACGGUCCAACCACCGAAACCGAAGGAGCCAGUUCGGCUGAAAAAGUUUCCUCUGGAUCUCGACAACCUGGUCGGCAAAUCGGAGGCACCCCCUGUAGAAAGUAUCUCCAAGGCCCAGCCAAGGCCUCAGCCAAGAGUCAACAGCAUACCCGACACCUUGGGUUCUUCCAUCAACGUGGAAGCCGUGGCCCCUGCUGGGCACUUUCCGGUUCCCAAUAUCAGUGACUCCCCCAUCCCCUUAUCUCCUCCACAGACGCCCCAGUUUAAGCUGGUCACGCAGCCUCAAGUCGUUCAGCUUGCCCCAGUUGCCCAGCCUGCGGUCACUCAGGCCAGAAUCACUCGAAGUGCUACGGUCACCGGCCAGUCAACAUGGGAACCCAGUCAGGAGAAGGAGACCGUUGGCUCCAUACUGCAGAGAAUUGCUUCCUUCUCGCGUGCCGAUAGCAUCGGAGGCUUCAAGCCUAAGGAGAAUAGUUACCAUGGGAACAAGCGGGAACAGGAGGCGGAGCCUAUUCAGCAGAAGGAGGAACCAAGAAUCAACUCAGUAGAAGACAAGCCAUUGGCUCUGGAGGCCGCAGACCUCAUGACCCACCAAACACAGAGGCCGGAUCCAUAUCCAGAAAUGGAAACUAAACCCGAGUCUAACAACUCAGCAGAAACUCCUAUGUCGAGGAGCCAAGAGCCAUUUGGCUAUGUUGGUAUUGAAUCAGUACUGGACCAGAUGAGGCGCAAAGCAAUGAAGACAGGCUUUGAAUUUAAUAUCAUGGUUGUUGGUCAGAGUGGUCUUGGAAAAUCAACACUGGUCAAUACAUUAUUUAAAUCAAGAGUAAGCCGCAAGUCCUGCCAAUCCAACUAUGAAGAAAAAAUCUCAAAGACGGUCAACCUUAUGUCUGUCAGUCACAUAAUUGAAGAGAAAGGUGUUAAAAUGAAGUUAACGGUCAUUGACACUCCAGGAUUUGGGGAUCAGAUCAACAAUGAAAACUGCUGGGAUCCAAUCAUAAAAUACAUUAAUGAACAGUAUGAAAAGUAUCUGAAGGAGGAGCUCAACAUUAACAGAAAAAAGAAAAUUCCUGACUCUAGAAUCCAUUGCUGCAUUUAUUUUGUGCCCCCUACAGGUCAUUGGUUGCGCCCCCUGGAUGUGGAAUUCAUGAAAAGAUUGGGGAAGAUUGUAAGCAUUGUCCCAGUGAUAGCUAAAGCUGACACAUUGACCUUGGAGGAGAGGCAGGAGUUCAAAUAUCGGAUUCGGCAAGAUCUGCAGGCUCAUGGUAUUAGAGUAUACCCUCAUAAAGAGUUUGAUGAAGAUGCAGAAGACAGAAUAUUGAAUGACAAAAUCAGGGAAAAGAUUCCAUUUGCAGUGGUAGGAACAGACAGAGAGCACCAAGUGAACGGAAAUAAAGUUCUUGGCAGAAAAACAAAGUGGGGUAUAAUUGAAGUUGAGAAUGUGGCCCAUUGUGAAUUUGCCAACCUACGGGAUUUACUGAUAAGGUCUCACCUACAGGAUUUAAAAGAUGUCACACACAACAUUCAUUAUGAGUGUUACAGGGUGAGGAGGUUAAACGAAAGCAAUAUGAACCUGCAAAGUGGACUUUCAUCUGUGAAUGGCGUGAUGGAUAAAAAUGAUAGUCAAAGCAACCUGUAAAAGAGAAGAAAAGCCAACCAGAUAACAAUUCUGCCUUCGAAAAGCUUACCCCACUCCCCAACCAUAUAGUCUGUUCUACAUCUCAGCUGGGCUUUAUAACACGAAAAUAUACGAAAUACAAAGACAUGUUAAGCAAAAGGAACCCUCUGAGGAAUUGUCCGCAGUCGUUACUUGUUCCUUUUUUCCUUUGCGUGAACUGAAGUGUUUUCAUCGAGCCCUUUUGGAUUUCUAGAGUGGUGUUUUGCCAGCUAAACUGAAAGGGAUUCUCUUUUUUUUUUUUUUUUUAAACUAAAUUGAAUUUUUCUUUUGGGCCCAAUUUGGAGGCUUAUAUGGAUGGGGGAUGGUGAAGUUAAAAAAAAUGGGGAGGGGGCUUGCUUCUGCAUGGCUGAGCAUCAGCUUGUAAAGGUUCACAGUGGACUCCUUGCUAAACACAGUUGUCAAGUAAGGCCCUGCCAGCCUUUCUCCUUUGUGUUGUGUAUAUAUGUGGCGUAAAGACAGCUCUUCCAAAACCACGCUCUGCCCACUUUGUGUUUGUAAAUCCACAGCUACUAAAAGCCAUGACAGAAUUAGGGAGACCUCACCACUGAUCGAGUAGAAUAGCUGCAAAUGAGCAACUUUCUAAAAGGUGGGACAAUGCAGGAUUGUAGGAGGCUUUCUGCCAGGGUGCAGUAGGUGCCAGCUGUGAAUGAGGCUGCCCGAGGGGCUGGAAGGGGGAAGGCCCCUCUGACUGAACAAUGCUCAGGGCUGACUCUUCUCCAGGGACUGAAACAGUAUUUUAGAAAUGUGCCAUAGCAAUAAGGAUGUAACAAAGCAAUAAUUUUAGAUACUACCCAUUUGCCAAAUGCCCCGGUCUGUGGGAACAUUAAAACACACAUUGAUUUUUUUAUUUUUAUUUUUUGUCUGCUAGUUUUUCAAAGUAUCGCUAAUUGUUAACUGAACGUAUCAGUUGUCAGUUGUUGUUGUUGCUCUCAGUACCUUCUUGUCGCCGUAUUCCCAUUCGAUUGCAGAGCACAUAUGGAGGCACUGAUGCCAGUGACUCGAAGGGUGCGAGAGACUCCAGGGCCACUGGGACGCGUGUGAGGACUGUAAUGUGAGUUGCCUCUGGCCCGGCCUGCAUGUGUGCACGUCACUCCUUUGCCCCAUUGUUAGCUCAUUUAGUGUUCAUCCACAUCACUUUGUAUCUUUGCUUUAAAAGUUCUGAAGCUGACUGGAUGGCCGUGGAUUUCAGGAGAGCCCAAGGUCUUUAUUAUUAUUAUUGUACAGAAUGUCUUCUUCUCUUUGUUUCUUUUGUACUGAACUAACAGCUUAAAUGUGACUAUUUCUUAUUUGUUUGUGUUUUAUAAUAUUCAUAUGAAAUGGAAAGUGUGAUUAAAAGUACCAUUCUAUACAUUGUU